AUGACGACCUUCACGAAGCUCAGUGAGCAGGAGACCCCGAGCAUUGCCGUUCAUGCAUCUCGGCGCAUCUCUAAGAUCAACCCGAACAUCUAUGCUGGGUUCACAGAACACAUGGGCAGGUGUAUCUAUGGAGGCAUCUAUGACCCGGGAAACCCUCUUUCGGAUGAGAAUGGCUUCCGUAAAGACGUGCUGGAAGCUCUCAAGGAGCUGAACAUUCCUGUCGUCCGCUAUCCUGGUGGUAACUUUAUGGCGACAUAUCACUGGAUUGACGGUGUAGGUCCAAAGGACCAGCGUCCUUCUAGACCUGAGCUGGCUUGGUUGGGAACGGAGACCAACCAGUUUGGAACAGACGAGUUCAUGAAGUGGUGUGAAUUGCUUGGAACAGAGCCUUACUUCUGCCUGAACUUUGGCACGGCUCUUGCUUGGGUUGAGUACUGCAAUGGGACAAGAGAUACUUAUUAUGCCAACCUCCGGAGGAAGAACGGCCGUGAAGAGCCUUACAAUAUCAAAUACUGGGCUCUCGGUAACGAAGUAUGGGGGCCAUGGCAGGUUGCACAGACGACCAAGGAGGAGUACGCUCACAAGGCAUACCAAUGGGCCAAGGCUCUCAAACUGCUUGAUCCUACUCUGAAGUUAAUCCUCUGUGGGCAGGACGGCACUGCGUCGUGGGACUACUAUACGCUAAAGCACUGCAUUCUCCCAGUCAACUCGCCUCUUUCCACCAGUGCCGUUCCCUUGAUUGAUAUGCACAGCAUUCAUCUCUACACAUCGUCUUCAUCCCAUCUCCCCAACGUCACUGCCCCCCUUGCCGCUGAACGUGCUAUCGAAAUCACCUCGUCUCUCAUCGACCUAGCCAUGAUCGAGAAUGGCGUUCCUAACACCCAGCUGCGGCCAACCAUCUGCUUCGAUGAGUGGAACGUCUGGGACCCAAUCCGCGCAGAGGGCAGCAAGGGCGCCGAGGAAAGCUACACUCUCUCCGACGCUCUGGCUGUCGCGGUCUGGCUCAACGUCUUCGUGCGCAAGAGCAAGGAUGUCGGCAUGGCGUGCAUUGCGCAGACCGUCAAUGUCAUUUCGCCCCUCAUGACGACCAAGGAUGGCAUAAUCAAGCAGACUACCUGGUGGCCUUUGUACUUGUUCUCCAAGUACAUGCGGGGUUGGACCAUUAACACGCAUGUGUCCUGCGGUACAUACGAAGGCGAAACGGCCCCCAGCUGGGUUCGUACUGUCAAGGACACCCCUUGGCUGGAUGUCAGUGCUACUCUGGGAGAGGAUGGAUACGUAAACGUUGCUGUUGUCAAUAUCAGUGAAGAUAAGGACAUCGAAAGCAAGUUUGAAGGUGCCGCUGGGGAGGUCGCCGUGUUCACCGUCAAUGGUGACAGCGUUUCGGCAUGCAACAUGAACGGGAAGCAGGAAGUCGGUGUGACUGAGAGCACCUGGGAUGGCAAGGGCGCUUAUGCGUUUCCUAAGCACUCGCUGACUCUGCUGAGAUGGAAGGCUGAGUAG